AUGCUUCAGGGCAUGCUUCAGGGCCAUGCUUCAGGGCUGCUUCAGGCCAUGCUUCAGGGCAUGCUUCAGGGCCAUGCUUCAGGGCAUGCUUCAGGGCCAUGCUUCAGGGCAUGCUUCAGGGCCAUGCUUCAGGGCCAUGCUUCAGGGCAUGCUUCAGGCCAUGCUUCAGGGCCAUGCUUCAGGGCAUGCUUCAGGGCCAUGCUUCAGGGCAUGCUUCAGGGCCAUGCUUCAGGGCCAUGCUUCAGGGCCAUGCUUCAGGGCAUGCUUCAGGCCAUGCUUCAGGGCCAUGCUUCAGGGCAUGCUUCAGGGCCAUGCUUCAGGGCCAUGCUUCAGGCCAUGCUUCAGGGCCAUGCUUCAGGGCCAUGCUUCAGGGCAUGCUUCAGGGCAUGCUUCAGGGCCAUGCUUCAGGCCAUGCUUCAGGGCCAUGCUUCAGGGCAUGCUUCAGGGCCAUGCUUCAGGGCCAUGCUUCAGGGCCAUGCUUCAGGCCAUGCUUCAGGGCCAUGCUUCAGGGCCAUGCUUCAGGGCCAUGCUUCAGGGCCAUGCUUCAGGGCAUGCUUCAGGGCCAUGCUUCAGGGCCAUGCUUCAGGGCCAUGCUUCAGGGCAUGCUUCAGGGCCAUGCUUCAGGGCAUGCUUCAGGGCCAUGCUUCAGGGCCAUGCUUCAGGGCCAUGCUUCAGGGCAUGCUUCAGGGCCAUGCUUCAGGGCCAUGCUUCAGGGCAUGCUUCAGG